UAAUGGAAUUUUUAUGUACUAUUUAUAGCACCUGAAACUAUACAGUUCUACCUGAGAAAAUGGACUCCGCUGGAACUUCAAAAUUUAAGACAGCCAUACCACGCCUAUCGGAGUCAGUGUUUGUAGGUCUGUGUCAUAUACUUGGGACCUCACAACUGGUAGCCAUGAGGAGAGAUAUGGGGGAUAUCAGAGAUAUGGUGGAAAAUCAAGUGAGAGCAAGUGAUGGGAUCAGUUUAAUGGUGAGUGGAAGUAAAAGAGAAGGAUUCAGAUUGGGGGGAUCAGAUAUAGACGUUAUGACCUGGCCAAAUGAUCACCGUGUUAUCUGGAUUUCAUCUCAAUCUAAGUAUUACAAUAUAAGGAGACAAAAAAUGAUCAUCUGUGACUGUUCUGAUAGUCCACCAGGAUUUACAUUGUUAUAUUUACUGUCAGUAAGCAUAAACAGAGACAUUCAGAGAGCUUGUGUUAUAAUGAACAACCGAUUUUAUAUUUCUAGUUCUAAAUACAAGCAGAUCGUGUGUUCUUCAUCUUCACUAAAUUCCAGUGAACAUGGACCCUGUGCCAGUGGAAAAGUUGGAACAACAGAAUAUGAUUUUGCCUACUGUUUUGUUUGUGACCUUUGGCCUCCAUCUGCCUCCUCAUGGAUAGACAGAUGUCAUUCAUGGCCCCAGCGUCAUAUCGUUGAUGAUAUAUUAAAAAGUGGAUGUCACUUUGUAGCAAUCGGACAUAAGCAAGGGAGCUGGAAAGACUAUGAAUGGAGAAUUUCUUUCUCGCUGGCAGAGCAAAAACUAGUAUUUGCAAUGAACCACUGUCAAUUCUUAACUUAUGGCUUGCUGAAAUUGUUUUUGACAGAAAUAAUUAACACUGAUCUAAGUGAUAUUGAUAAACUACUCUGUUCUUAUCACAUGAAGACAGCAGUUUUCUGGGUGAUUCAACAAAACACAAUACCUCACUGGUGUCCACAAAAUCUCCUAGAAUGUUUCUUGGUCUGCUUCAAACUUAUCCUUAAAUGGGUGUAUGAGGGGGCCUGUCCUAAUUUUUUCAUUCCGUAUAACAACAUGUUUCUAGGUAAAGUUCAUGGUGGAAAACAACAUCAAUUAUUUAUUAGACUGUAUGGAUUGUAUGAGAAAGGUUUAGAAUUCCUGCUACAAAGUCCCUCUAUUAAAUCUUACAUUAUAUAUGUCUUUCAUACCCCCCGCCAAUUCAUAUGUACAGACGAACACAUUCUGCUUUCUGAGGUUGAGUUUGAUGCAAACUUAUUUAGUGAAAUGCAAAACUUAGAAGUUGCGAACAAAGAGAACAUGCAAAGUUGUAUGAGAUGUCUACAUACAAUAGAACAGAUGAUAGGAUUACCUCUCCUUACUCGGUAUCAAGUCCUUUUGCUACAGCAAGGUACAGUUAAAAUUCUUCAAAAAAUAGCUUUUAUAUCACACAUGGAAACUUACACACAUAAAAACAAACAGAGAUAUAAAUCUGACAAAAUCUCCUGUUAUAUGCUGAAACUAGCAGCCAAGUUUGGUUUUAUUUCUGACAAGCUCUACAUAGCCAUGUAUUAUUACAAGACACUUAGAUAUAAGGAGGCCUCAUCUAUUAUAGCUUGGAUCAAGGUCAGUUUAGCAAAGCCAUAUGUGAUGCAUAUGCAUUAUGUAGAUAGACAAAGGUAUACUGAGGCUGUAGGGGAACAGUCUUGGACUAGAAAGAUGAGGCAGGCUGCAGCGUGGAAUAUCAGACUUAGCAAUGAAAUUCAUUACAUCGAUGAACUGAUCGCAGAACAACAGUUUGCUCUUGAGAGCAAUAGACUUACAUUACUGAUUUCUCCCUCUAAAUUGUUACACAUGAUGGAAAACCUGUGCUCUAGAUAUAGAGGCACAAUGAGAAUACAAACUGCUCUAGAUGAUCUACAGACCCUGGACACUAUGAUCAGGGACGGCUUAUAUAUUCAUAAUACAAAGACAUAUCAUGGUAGAUUCUGGUAA